AUGCUACCAAAUGCUACGGAGAACAAUCCCGCCGGCCGUGCUCUCACGAAUGGCAUCUGCAGCUGCGAGAGGAGGCGGGCGGGGGUUCUGCAGAUUCCGAGUCUGUCCUUGACGCCCAAAGAUUCAUUUCUCCGUGGCCAAGCCGACUCCGCUGUCAAUGGCGAAUUCGAACAGGAAUCAGGCAACGCACAGGGGCCAGAGAGGAUCGGCAUCGAGCUUGACGCAGGUCGUCUGAUAACCAGAUUGUCGAUCCCCCGCUCCUCGAUCACACACAUUGCAGGCAGCUUCUCGCGACCAAAGAGCACCCGUUCGUUUGCCACCAGAGCUUGGAGCACACCACCACCACCACCACCAGCCAGUUCAGAGAGCAAGGCAACACCUUGGAUCCUUGCACCCGCGUCAGGCGCAAGCAGCUUGUAA